GAUGCCCCUCCCGCGACUGUUGGCACCCGGACAGACUUCCAGGAAGCCGGCCGCGCGCCCUGUGCGCCAGGCCUUGGGGGACGUGGUUGGGCGGUGACCGGCCGCCGUCGCUUGGCACCCACUCUCUUCCCGCCGGCGUGUCCGCUCACGUCCCACCCGCAGAUGUCGGCCUCUGGGCGGCUUCGGCGCCACGGGCCAGGCACCUCCUCUCCGUGGACGCGGGCCGUGCGGUGCCCAGGGCGGGCGGCAGGGGGCGCUGCGCGGCGGGCGGGGGCCGGAGCUCCGCGCCCCGUCUUUGUGCCGUUCGCGCCGCCGCCCCGUCUCCCGCCGGCCGCGCGCCCCCGAGGCCGGGCCGGGAUAAAGGGCCGCGGGCGGGCGGGCGGGGCGCAGGCGGCGGACCCGCGCGCACACCCACCCGCGACGCCGGACUCGGGCGGAGCGUUCGGAGCCUACGGCGGCCGAGCAGGAGCCGGGACCCUGGAGCACGGCGCGCGGGACCCGGAGUCCCGUGUCUUUGGUUUUUGCAGUUGAAUACGGUCGGCCUAGAUGGACGCCUUUGGUGUUUAUCCUGCUGGACGUUCUGUGAGCGCCCUGAAGCUGUGGUUUGUGUCUCAUUGAUUUUGGGAAAACGCUUGGCCAUUCUUGCUUCAAAUAUUUUCCUGCUCUGUGCUCUCUCUCUCUUCCUUCUGAGUUUCAAUCACGCAUAUCUUGCAAAUUUUGAAAUUACCUUGGGGAUUUUAUAUAUAAAUAUAUUUUAAUUCUCUGGCUUGUUGUUUAUAAUUCGGGAAUUUCCUGUCGCCCUCACGUCAGCCUCACUGACUUUCUUCUUGGUUGCGUUCAGUCUGUUGGUGAGCCUCAUACAGGCUUUCUUCAUUCUUGACAAUGUUUUUAUUCUAGCACUUCCUGUGACCGUUAUUUUGAAUUCCCUCUUUCUGCUUCUAUAACCCAUUGGCGGGUGCAGUUUGUCUGCCUUUUCCAUGAGAGCCCUUCAUGGGUUAAUCGCAGUCACUGAACUUCUUUGUCUGAUCAUCCCAGCGUCGGUGCGACACCUCCGUCCGGUUCGUGCUCUGCCUCUCAGGCUGUGGUUUCUCGUGCCUCUUGGCAUGCAGUGUGGGUUUUUGCUGCUGUUGGUAGCUGAGCCUGAGGUGUUUGGUCGUAGGAGCUAGGUUUUCAGGGCGAAACUCCUACAUGUUGCUUUUUUUCCUGUUUAACUUGAAAAGAUUUUUCCUGUCACCACAUACAGAUCUUAUUCCC